AUGUUCAGUAAAUGUAAUAAAAAGAAGAAACACGAAGUUCCCGGCAGGCGGGGGGACUGGGACGUCUCGGGGGCCACUCCCACCUCGCUCCCUGUCUAUCCGUCCCAUCGCGAUCCGCGCUCCAGGUCCGAUGUCCCGAUCCGGACUCCGCGCUCCGGGCUCUCCGCCUUCCCCUCCCCUCCACGUCCCGAUCCGGACUCCGCGCUCCGUGUUCCGCCGCCUCGCCCCGCCCCAUCCCGCUCGGCUCUCCGUGCGUGCGCCCCGCCCGAGGCGCCUGCGCGCGGCGGCGGUUCCGGUGGGGCCGCGGCGAUGGCGGGGCCGGGGCGGUGGGCGAGGGGCGUGGGGGCGGCGGUGGCCGCGCUGCGCCCCGGGGCGCUGGAGGAGGAGAUCGUGUCGGAGAAGGCGGCGGAGGAGAGCCACCGGCAGGACAGCGCCAACCUACUCGUCUUCAUCCUGCUGCUCACUCUCACCAUCCUCACCAUCUGGCUCUUCAAGCACCGCCGCGCGCGGUUCCUGCACGAGACCGGGCUCGCCAUGAUCUACGGGGUCCUGGUCGGCGUGGUCCUGCGCUAUGGCAUCCAUGUCCCUAGCGACGUCAACAAUGUGACACUGAGCUGCCAAGUACAAACCAGUCCUGCCACACUGCUGGUGAAUGUCAGUGGAAAGUACUAUGAGUACACCCUGAAGGGGGAAAUCAGUGCCCAGGAGCUCAAUAAUGUCCAGGAUAAUGAGAUGCUGAGAAAGGUGACUUUUGAUCCUGAAGUAUUUUUCAACAUUUUGCUUCCUCCAAUUAUAUUUUAUGCAGGCUACAGCUUGAAGAGGAGGCACUUCUUCAGAAACUUGGGAUCUAUCCUAGCAUAUGCUUUUCUCGGCACUGCUAUUUCCUGCCUAGUGAUCGGCUCUGUUGUGUACGGUUGCGUGGCACUGAUGAAAGUCACGGGGCAGCUUGGGGGAGACUUCUACUUCACUGACUGCCUUCUGUUUGGUGCCAUCGUAUCGGCUACUGACCCAGUGACUGUUCUUGCCAUAUUCCAUGAACUCCAGGUUGAUGUUGAGCUGUAUGCCCUUCUCUUUGGCGAAAGCGUCCUCAAUGAUGCCGUUGCCAUAGUGCUGUCUUCUUCAAUUGUUGCGUACCAGCCAGCAGGCGACAACAGCCACACGUUUGAUGUCACAGCAAUGUUCAAGUCCAUUGGGAUCUUCCUGGGGAUAUUCAGUGGAUCAUUUGCAAUGGGAGCAGCUACUGGAGUCGUGACAGCUUUAGUCACCAAGUUCACCAAACUUCGGGAGUUCCCAUUGCUGGAGACCGGCUUGUUCUUCUUGAUGUCCUGGAGCACCUUCCUGCUGGCUGAAGCAUGUGGCUUUACAGGUGUGGUGGCCGUACUCUUCUGUGGGAUCACACAGGCCCAUUAUACCUAUAACAACUUAUCUACAGAGUCCCAACACAGAACUAAACAGUUGUUUGAGCUUCUGAAUUUCUUGGCAGAAAACUUCAUCUUCUCCUACAUGGGACUUGCACUGUUCACCUUCCAGAACCACGUCUUUAACCCUACCUUUGUGGUGGGGGCUUUCCUUGCUAUCUUCCUAGGAAGAGCUGCCAAUAUUUACCCACUGUCAUUUUUACUGAAUUUGGGGAGAAGAAAUAAGAUUGGAACAAAUUUACAGCAUAUGAUGAUGUUUGCUGGGUUGCGAGGAGCCAUGGCUUUUGCCUUGGCCAUCCGUGACACAGCCACCUAUGCCCGGCAGAUGAUGUUCAGCACGACGCUCCUCAUCGUCUUCUUUACAGUGUGGGUUUUCGGUGGGGGCACCACAGCCAUGCUGUCCUGCCUGAAUAUCCGAGUUGGUGUGGACGCGGAUCAGGAGAACGUGGGUGUCCCGGAGAGUGAGAGGAGGAGUACGAAGGCAGAAAGCGCCUGGCUCUUCCGCAUGUGGUACAACUUCGAUCACAACUAUCUAAAGCCUCUGCUGACACACAGUGGUCCUCCUCUGACGACCACGCUCCCAGGGUGCUGUGGGCCUAUUGCCCGCUGCCUGACGAGUCCGCAGGCCUACGAAAAUCAAGAACAGCUGAAGGACGAUGACUCUGACCUCAUUUUGAACGAUGGGGAUAUCAGUCUGACCUACGGGGAUUCCACUGUCAACACCGACUCUGUUGCAUCCAGUGGAACGUCACGGCGAUUCGUGGGAAACAGCUCUGAAGAUGCGCUUGAUCGGGAGCUUGCUUUUGGGGACCAUGAACUUGUAAUCCGGGGAACGCGCCUGGUUCUUCCCAUGGACGAUUCGGAGCCACCGUCAAACGUCCUGGAUAGUGCAAGACAUGGUCCAGCAUAAGGUUGCUCGGUUUGAUUGACAGUAAUAUUUGCAUAUAUGAUCAAGAAAUAUGUACUGCCUAAAGUCUAAUGCAUGUCUCAAAAUGUUUAAGCUGUAUAAAUAUUAUUUAUAUGGUGUCAGAAGAAUAUAAAUAUUCUCUGCCAAGCACUUGUAAAGAACAAGCUGCAAAUUUAAGUUAAAAACUGUGUUGACUGCACUGUGUAGGGUGGAACUGUUUUAGCGUAAGAGUCUUUUGCACACAGUGAGCUUCUUUAACGUAUGAUUUGACGAAAGGUUUAGUUCCCAGCGGGGUAGGUAAAGGAGCUGACUCUGUUCAUCGUUUGAGCCUGGGAGAGGAGGGUAGGGAAUUGCUGGUAAGAAGUGGAAAUCGCUUUCUAUUCAGAUGAGGACUGUUUUAGUUUCGUUUUUGGUUUUGGUUUUUUUUUGUCUCUGGUCUUUGGAUAGUCACACUUGAAAUAUCAGUGAAAAAUCUGCCCACAGACCCUCUUACCGGGCAGCGGCCGGUGAUAAACUUGUUCUCUUUGUGGGAACCUGAGCUGAGACCUGGAGACUUUGUGCUUUUCAGUGGGCCUCUGCCCUCAUGGCAGGCACCAGCCAAAGCUGAUGGCAAGCACUGCGGGUGUCCGGCUGCUCGGAUGGGAGCAGGAGGGAGGGAUGGCUUGUGUCUGUAGUUGCUUUUUGGAGAAGAUGAUGAUCCCACAGAAGCUACAGCAGGUGUGCACAAAUUUUAGAGCUGAGCCCAUCUUUCUGCUGUGGUUCAAGCAGCUUUCUAGAAUCAGCCAUCAAAUCCUCAACUAAAUUUCAUGUUUGGGAAGCAACUGUGUCUUUUUGUGAAUGAAUCCCUUCUCCUGCAGUCACAGAUGUAGGUGAGAUGUGCGGUUGCACAUGGGGCCGUGGACCCUGGUCGACCUUGAACGUGAGCUUUAUGGCUACAGAUUGACACCGUACCUCCAGACCUUGCCAGAGGUCCUGAGCAUCCAGGUGGUGCUGAAGGGGAGUUGUCCAUCUGUCCGUCCUCUUGUAUAGUAAAAAAUCAUUGCACUUUGUUUAAUAACUCCUUAGCAUGCUGUGUGUCUGUAAUCCCCACCCACCCAGACCAUCUCUCUUGUAUCUCUUACCGCUUAAUGAGAAAUGUUUGUGAGUUGAUUUUUCUGUUGUUGUUUUGGGGUUUUUUUAAAUUUUAAUUUUUAUUUUUCAAGGAAGAGCACAGAACAAUUUGCGAUUUCACACUAGUGUUAAAGGAUUUACUCUGUACUUACGGGAAUGGCUAAAGGUGCAGUGAAACGGUUAACCCUGACAUCAUUUUUAUUUUAGUCCUGAAAAGGAGGAAUCAUAGAAAUUUACUGUAUGUAGUUUUAAUGUCUAUUUUAGCGCAGUUUUGCUAUACAAACCUUUCAGGGUUAUCAGUGCACUACAGGCCCCUUCUGGAGUUAACCCUCUCCAGAGGGCUUAAACAGAGGUGUUUAAAAAGAGAAUAUAUGAAAAAGAGCUGUGUGAGUCUGAGCACUCACAGCUCCUAUUAGCUUUCCUUGGAACAAACUCUGUGCCUCUCAGGAUCCGACCCUGAGGCUGCAGAGCAGCAUCCCCAGGACUGUUCUCCCCAGCGAGAGUUGGAGGAGAUGGGAAAUACUGAAAUUUGCAAUGUGUGUGUAUAGUUGAGAAAACAAAUUUACACUUUUUCUUUUUUUUUUUUUUUUAAUUUUCUCAGGUCUGAGUAAUAUUGCCUUAAAUUUACGGAUGUAAAACUAAUUAUUUUGGCAAUUUAUCCCCAAGAAAAUGCUUUUUUCCCCCCCUUCGGAACAAAAUGUGUAAGUGUUGCCAUAGGACUCCUCUAGAAGGGGGGGUAACGCUCUGUUUAUAUUUAGAUAGGGCAUCUUCCUUGCACCAGUCAAUGGCAGUCUCGCUGUUAACGUAGCUGUUGGAUUAGCGCUAGCCUCUUUGUUUCCUGCUAUGCAGGAAUUCCAUAAAGUGUGCAUUUUAUAUGAUGUCUGUAACUUAACUUCAUGUGUUUAAAAAAAACAAAAAAAAGAAAGAAAAAAAAGUAGGUACCCGUGUUGACUUUCUGUUUACUGCAUCACUUCUAUGUCCUGUUUUAUGUUUGUUUUGCCUUUUUGAAGAGGUAUGAUAAAUAACUACCUCUUGUUUUUUCCUGUAGAAUCUGACUAUGAAUUCAAUUUACGAAGCUGGCAUUGGUGCAGCCGGAGGUGCCCCCUGGGAGCCCCUGCUCCCAUCCCCAGGCGCAGCGUAAGGGCAUCCAGGGCUCCCUCCAUCGCAAUCCCCAGCUGAGGUGCAGAUUCGCAGCCGAGCGCUGCGAGAUGCCUACAGCGCAACAUUUUACUGUAGCCUUGGUGGCGUUUCCUUGCUUCCUCUGACCCUUUAACUUCAAUAAUUUAUCUGCUCUCGUUAAGCUUGCCAACACAUUACCAUAAGCCUCAGCUUUUGUCUCCACUGACAGUUGUUAGUACAUUAAAGAGAAAAAAGAGUUAAUAAAUGAUGAUUUUAUGGGUUACCUGUGAACUCUUACAAUCCAUACGUAAUAUAACCAGGACUGUUUCGAACAGUCUUGGUGGAUGAAUGGAUCUAAGCUGAAAUUGAGGAGCAAUUUAAUAAAUGACUUGGGUUCAUCCUCUGGUGAUUAUUUUCUUUGUCCUGCUGCAGCAGAGAAUACAUGAGUGCCUGGUUUUCAGAUGCAGAGCCCUGAUGGCUUGCGUGUCAAUGAAAUUAAGGGUACCUUCGGCCCUGAGACUUCUUGCGAAAUAGAUAAGACAGCCUCCAGGAGGCAGUUUAAUACUCCCAUGAAGAUUUAGAGAAGGUGCCCUUCUUCUGUAAAUUGAAUUUUCAUGGUUUUUGCACAUGAAAAAGCAUUGUAGGUAAAGUUAUGAUUUGUACUAGUACUGUCGAUUUGUGUGGUAAUGGCAUUAACUCCGUAGUUGUGGUGUUUGUGCAGCUGAUCUGUGAUAGCUGAUGAUCACUAUUGGACCUUCUGUUUACACUGACUAAAUCCUUUCCUGUGGCGUUGUACUGUGAAAGAAGGAUUAUGGGCCUAUAAACGACUUUUUUUUUUUUUUUCCUGGAAUUGUGUGUA